GCACGACCUCCUCCAUGACCGAGUAUCUGUACAACGGCAGCCGGAAUAAAAGCACAGGGGCGCGAAGGCGUUGCCCUUUGGCCGAACUGCAGAAGUGUGAGGACGCCGGCGACGCCGGCGGCAACUGCUUCGGUCGCCUACCUUCGCCCCUAAUAAACGAGCCCCAAGGCCGCCGGGCGUUUUGGGGCCGUCCGUGCCCCUCCGCGCAAGUUUGGCGGGCUGCCCGUGCACCACUUGCCCCGCGGGUCCCAGAGAAAACAAAGGGCCGCGGCGUUUGCCUGCUAGCUACCCGCCGGCGCGUUUGUGUGUGCCAGGCCGGGCCCCUGGUUGUCGGCUAUGUGGCGCCGAAGCGGUCGGGGAUCUGUGUGAACGCUAUAGACAAGGCCUCCGAGCGGUGCGAAACCAAUGCGGGCCGCAGCUGACGCGUGUCUGGCUCUGGGCUUGGCAACCUGAAGGGGGACCCGCGUGGCAGGUUCGCGGGGCCCCACUUGGCGGCUGCCUCGCGACGCCGGGGGCUUGCGGCCAGGUAUCCGGGAAGGGUGGGCCAGCGGUUGUGGCCCGCUGCGCUUUGUGAUCGCGCCGGCGCCCGGGUUUGCAUGCAGGAAUGAGAUGCCGAGCGCGACAAAUCGCACGCCGCUGGCGGGCUGGCGUCUCGUCAUUCUUUCUGU